AUGCCUGUUGCGCUUGGUGGCGGUUCCCCGCUCCCGUAUUCGCCGCGGCCAUUUGGCGUGGCGUCUGCUGCACCUGUCGUGCUGGCUCUGUCGGCGCCCGUGGCCCCCGUUGCGGCGUUGUCUUGUGUGGGCUCUCCUGCUCACACGUCGUGCUCCACGGUAGUCGACUCUGGACGAGGGUCGGCGGGAGUGUCCGCCCCCCCGCGCGUGGUCUUGCCGACGCCCGUGCCUGCACUCGUCCUGACACCUGCGCCCGUUGUGGCGCCUCCUGCUACUCCUGACGUGGCCCCCUCUCCUGCGCCGCACGUUUCAGUGUUGGCGUCGCCUGCUGUGGCGGCCGCUGGUGCUGCUGAGUUGGCUCCUGCGUUGGGCGAGGCACCUCCUCCUGCGCCUUUUCAGGGGCCUCCUCCUGUGGCUGCCUCCCUUGCCAUGCCAGCCGAGAAGGCGGCCUCUAGGCUCCCCGUGGCGCCCUCGUCUGCGCCUGCUCAACCUCCGGCUGUUCAGCAGCGUCGGUCGCAGUCGCCUGAUCGCCGUCACUCCCGCCCUCAGUCGCCCGCCCCACAAGACGAGCGGGAGUGCUAA